UCGAUGUGAGGAUUGCAAUCCGCUGGGCAUGUGACGGAGCAGAACACGGACCCGAGUGCCGAGACGUCGGAUCAAACACGGGAAUCCGGGCCCAGCGGUGUGCAAGUCCAGAAUCAAGAUCAGAAUAUGCUUCAGCAAUAUCGCGGCGUUGGUCACAAUUGUCAAGGGCCGCGUUGCGUGUGCCAAAGGUACGAGAACGGAGAGCUGGCAGCCGUGGUCAUGAAUCAAAACAGAAGCAACCAAGAGAGGGACGACAGUUAUCAGAACGUGAGCCGUGGUUCGCGGGCCUUUCAAAAUCGACUCGGUGGCUCGGUACAGGUGUACCCUAACCUAAAUCCAAAUUAUCAAAAUCCGGUGGACAUCGUUCGUAAUUAUAAUCGGAACCGACAACCGCAAGAGCCCGAGGAAAAUAUUUACGAGAGAUUGGACAACGACGACGACGACGAGAACGCGGACAACCGGGAAGUUGGUCGCAACGAGCCCGUGGCACAGAAUCAGAACAACCUAGGCGACCACACGUACGAGAGAAUAGACGAUCGUUAUUCUUGCGCCAACAGAAUGUAUUCUCGUUGCUACAAAUAUCAUAUUUUGAAUCACAUCGCCGUGCCGAAUUUCUUGAACGACGUGGAGCCCAGAAGCUCGAAUCAAUACGAUCAACCGAGGCAAAUAUAUCUGGACUCGUCCCGAUUGUCCAGUCAAUUCUGUCAGAAUCGGUUGGGCAGACUGGGCCGCAACUGUUUCUCCACCGAAAACAUUGCUUAUGCGUCCACCGGACGUACCGUUUACCCGCUUGGUUACAGUUGCAUGUGUUCGUUCUGCAGACACUUGGACAGUAGGUAUUUGUGCCAACAUUGCCAUAAUCUACACAACCGACUACGCUAUCAGGAUGGACUGGCUGGCAAUUCUAGACAUUAUAUAUAUCAGUUGCCGAGGAACUGCAGGUGCCCCUUUUGUCGCGGUGAAUACUCCUACGUGAAACUGCCCGUUACUUCCUGUCGAUCUGCCGAACCCUGGAGGAUGGAAUGCCACUGUAGAAAUCCUAGCAAUUGUUCUUGCAGAUGCAAGGUUCUGGCCAACUGUAAUUCUACCACCCAAGUCGGUAGAUAUCUCGAUUGGAUCAACAGAUCUGGACCGUCGGUUAACAAUCCGCUUUACGCUACAAUCCACAUUGGCAGACCUUGUGUCUCGGCUCUUGGGAAUGCGGCCAACGGAGGAAACAGCGUGGAACCUGGUGCUUCCACGUCGAACGCGUCUGCGUCUGCGUCUGCGUCCGUAGCCAACGAGCCUGGUACGUCCUCGAACGUCAGACCGAUGUUCUCCCCGAACAAUCCUUCCACUUCGCGCGCUUCCGUUUGCUCUGCUAAUCGCGCCACCGAGCGACAACACACGUGCGACGAUUCGUGCAUCAGAAACCAGAGCGGAAGCGUGGCUGGCAUUUGCCAGUUUUUCGGCAGGUGCGAGAGAGCGGAAUGCAACCACAGCAGACUAUCCGUGCACUGGUGGGUCGUCAACAAAUGGUUGCCAUCUUGGAAUCCUAAUAAUUUUGACAGGAAUAUGGACGCCGUUCCCGCGAUGGAAGAAGAAUCCCGUAACCAGCACGAUAGUGAUAGCGACGAAGCUUAAACUCGAGGGGGUUUAACCUAACCUAAAUGCAGUCAUCAGAUAUCGAUGUUUUAUUAUUCGAACGCCAAUGAUAUUUCUGUAUCGAGACUCUUUGAACAAUACUGGACUCAAUAUCCGUGUCCCUUUAUUUUUAACGAAAAUACGAUAAUAAAAUUGUUGCAAUUUGUGAUAUUUGAUAAAAUAAUAUAUACUUCUCCAUACGCGAUAGACAAGUUGUAUCGACGAUACUACGUUGAAUUGUUUGUUUUUUUUUUAUAUAACGACGAAUAUAUAUAGUUUCUUACGGAAUGAAUUGAAAAUCGACAGACAAAUAAUUUCUGAGCCCCGAUGAGAUUGAAACGAUUUUUUUAGAGGCAUCGUAAAUAUUUAAGAAGAGUUCGUGCAUGUAUUGACAAUAAGAUCGCUUUAUAUGUGCUCUGAUAUUCACAGAUAUAAUAUACUUGAAGGUUAAAUAAACACGAAUUACGGUCAUACGUUUGUAAGUAUGGUUUCGAUUAAGCGUACGAAUAAUUUAAUACUUCGAAGAAACUUAGAAACUAUUUGAACUAAUGAUUUUUUUAUUCUUUUACAAUAAUUAUCGAUUGUUUUAAUAUACGGUACGAAAAGUCGCCAAUUUAUCCUGUUAAUUAUCGUUAUAAGAGA